GUGUGUGUAUCCACCUGUGUGUGUUUGUGUGCCUGCUGUUGGAGUUAACGGUACGUCUUCGGGAAUGAAGAACAAACCCAACCAACAGGUGAAGACCGCGGCUCCGGACCGACCCGACAUGUCGAGCUUCGAGGUGACCGUUCAGCAGCUCAACGAUCUGUUGACGGACGACAGCGGCUUCUACAGCUGGCCGGACGAACACUUCCACGAGGUUUACCCCAGGAUCUACGUUGGCAAUGCGUUUGUGGCGAUGAACUUGAUGCGUCUCAAGCAUAGGGGCAUCACCCACAUCCUGAACGCCGCCGAGGGAAACUCCUAUAUGCACGUCAACACCAACGCUGAGUUCUAUGCCGGCUCGGGAAUCACCUACCAUGGCGUACCAGCCAGCGACACCGACCACUUUGACAUCAGCGUUUACUUUGAAGAGGGAACAGACUUCAUAGAGAAGGCCCUCGCGUACAAAAAUGGGAAAGGUAAAGUGUACGUUCAUUGCAGGGAAGGCUAUAGCCGCUCACCUACCUUAGUCAUAGCCUACCUGAUGCUUCGUCAGAACAUGGAUGUCCACAGUGCUCUGGCCACGGUCCGGCACAGAAGAGAGAUCGGACCCAAUGAUGGCUUCCUUCGGCAGCUCUGUCGCCUGAACCAGAGGCUGGCUUCUGAGAGAAAAAAAUGAGGCAGACGAGAAGGCAGAAAGACUGUCCGUCAGAGGGAACAAAAAAUAUGCCCAAACUGCACAUCAUUGUCUUUCACUUUAUCUACAUGUGUAAAAAGCUGCAGAUCUGUGAGGGGAUGUUCUGGAGGGGAAGAUAGUGGAGAAUGAAAGACAUUCUCUCUAAGACUAAGACUUAAAGCAACGAGUGUAUGUUUAGUAAAAAGUAAAAAAUCCUACUGUACACACAUCUGUGACACAUACGUGGUGUUUUAAUUGUGCUCAGACAAACACUGGUGACACCAUGUGCUGAUCAUGCAAACAUGAUGUGGCUGCUCAAUUAUGGAAACCAUAAUCACAAUUAUUUUGGUCAACAUUGAAAUCCACA